AUGGUUAACGAAUCCUUUUGGGUGGAUCAUGAUGACUUUUCUUUGGAAAUUCACAAUCUCUCUUAUUCCUUUAUCAUCUUGUGCUGUUUACGCAUUUAUGUGACACUUGAGGAUGAUCCAGAAAUACCAGCCAUCGUCAAAUAUUUCAACACAAAAGGGAGGUAUGAGGAAGUGAAUCCGUUCCUCAUAGAGGACAUACUUGCUGUGAACAGAUCUAUUUUACAAUUUCCAGCUGCACAAUGUCAAGAAAUACAUCUGACCGCAAUAAUAAGACAUGGCACAAGAUACCCGACAAGCAAAAACAUCAAGGAGAUGCAGCAGCUCUACAACAUCGUCCUGCAUAAUGCCUCAGGUGAAGAGAGCUGGCUGCGUGAAAUCCAGACCCAGUGGACAAUGUGGUACACUGAGGACAUGGAUGGCCGACUCGUCCAGAAAGGUGUGAACGAUCUGAAGCAUCUGGCCGUCAGGCUGUCAAAGCUGUUCCCCUCACUGAUUUCAGAAGAGAAACUUCGAGGUGGACUCAUCCAGUUCAUAACCAGCUCAAAGCACAGGUGUAUCAACAGCACGUUGGCCUUUAAGUCAGGAUUGCAGAAGCUGUGGGAUAUUAAAGAUCAGGAAUUUGACCACACAGUGAAUGAUGCUCUGAUGAGAUUUUUUGACAAGUGCACCAGGUUUGUGCAGAAAGUCAAUAACAACCCCUCAGCAGUGAUAGAGGUCGACAACUUCAAGCAGGGACCGGAGAUGAGGAGGGUCCAGGAGAAGAUCUCAAACCGUCUUAGAGUCCCAUACAGCCUCAUCACACACGAUAUGGCUGAAGCUGCAUUUUACUUGUGUGCUUAUGAAUUUGCCAUCAAGACGGUGCACUCCCCCUGGUGUCGACUCUUCGAUGAGGUUGAUGCACAGGUUAUGGAGUAUGCAAGUGACCUGAGGGAAUUCUGGAAAAGAGGCUAUGGUCAUGAUAUUAACAGAAAGGCAAGCUGCAUUCUCUUUCACGAUGUGUUUAGCCGAUUACACAAGGCUGCCAGCGAGAACAAAUCUGGCCAGCAGGUGACCAAACCCGUGACAGCCCAGGUCGGUCAUGCAGACACCCUCCUGCCACUGCUUACCCUGCUGGGCUUCUUCAAGGAUAGCCAAGCCUUGAAUUCCACCAACUACGCCGCACAGACCAACCGAACCUUCCGAACCAGCCACAUGUUGCCCUAUGCAGCUAAUUUAAUCCUGGUGCUGUACGACUGUGGGGGAGGCGACCUGAGACUGCAGCCGCUGCUCAACGAGAAGCCUGUGACUUUCCCAGGUUUAGUGACCAGCAGGUCCUCCAUGCCGCUCUAUCAAAACGUCAGAGAGCACUAUGGGGAACUGCUCCAAGGUUGUGACUUUGAGAAUGAGUGUCAGCUGUUCAAGCAUCCUGAAGAGGUUUAGGCAGACAUAAUGGAUUUUAUUCUCUUGCAUUUGAAAAAUGGUAUGAACAACAUGCUCCAACCGUGAAAAUGUCACUGACUGAAUAAGCAGUUUUCGUUCUUAAAUCAGUGGUUUACAAUAUCUUUAUAGCUUGUGACCCUUCAUAAUAAAGCAGUGUCUAGCUUGGGCACCCCCACUUGGGCACUGUACUCUAAA